UUGCAUUUGUAUUUGGAAAGCACAAGAGGAACAAGCAUAUUUAUCUUGAAGGAGAAGAGGUGUUGGCGCGAUGUGGGUGUUUAUGGUGAAUUUUGUCGCCGUGUGUGAGUUUUAUACACUCUAUGGUUUGGACAUGGCGUGUCAUGAUGAGUGUGUGAAUGAAAAAGGAGUGACGAUAUAAAAGGCAUCACAUUAGUGGGAGACAGGGGAUGGAUGGAGGAAGAUAGAGACACGGCAGAAGAACGGACGGAGCUCGGCAAAGGGGUUUGAGAAGAGAGGAACAUCAAAAUUAAAGCGCUCUCAACUAUUUUUGCAAAUAUUUGUAUUCCUAUUUAGUUAGGUGAAGAAUUAUAGGCCUCUUGGAGAAAUAGUCUAACAAAUCAGUCGGGACGAAUUUAAAAUUACGUCUUGUAGGCUAUUUUUCGAAAAGAUCAUUAAACAAUGAGUUCACCGUAGUUAAACUCAAACGGGGGAUAUGGCGAAUUUAGAGUUCGGAUCUCAGCAGUCAUGUUCCGGCGGCGAUUCUCCAGCGAUGGAAUUCGAGAAGGAUAAAGAUUCUGGACAUCACGGUCGGUGCAAAACCGGCUCUUCACCGCUGCAAACUCAGCUCUCACAACAGGGUAUGGAGGGAAUUAAAGUUUAUUUGCACGAGCCAGAUCUGUGGGCGAAAUUUCAUGAUGUCUCCACAGAGAUGAUCAUCACCAAAGCUGGCCGACGAAUGUUUCCCAGCUACAAAGUGAAGGUAACAGGCUUAAACCCCAAAGCAAAAUAUAUCUUACUGAUGGACAUUAUUUCAGCCGACGAGCAUCGUUAUAAAUUUGCAGAUAACAAAUGGUCUAUCAGUGGUAAAGCUGAGCCGGCGAUUCCAGGGCGACUAUACGUUCACCCAGACUCUCCGGCUUCAGGAGCUCACUGGAUGAGACAGCUCAUCUCUUUCCAGAAACUCAAACUCACCAACAACCACCUGGACCCUUUCGGACAUAUCAUUUUAAAUUCCAUGCAUAAAUACCUGCCUCGGCUGCACAUUGUGAAGGCAGACGAGAGGAACAGCUUUGGCUCCAGCAAUACAAGUUUCUGCACACACUCAUUUCUUGAGACAACCUUCAUCGCUGUAACUUCCUACCAGAACCACACAAUAACUCAGCUGAAGAUUGAAAAUAAUCCGUUUGCUAAAGGUUUCCGUGGAAAUGAUGAUAUCGAAUUGCAUCGCAUGUCCCGUACACCAAGUAAGGAGUAUCCACUUGUACCACGUAGUACUGCAAGGCAACAUGUAUCUCCACCCUCUCCUAACUCCUGUCUCUCUCGGUCAGAAUACACUUUGACACAAAAACCCAGUCCUGGCUACACCUGCUCUGAUAUUUCAGCUGACCACACCCUCAAUGAAACCCCUCCCACUCAUGAUCCCACCUACCACCUCUUCACCUACCAGCUCUCUCCGGAGGUGACCCCUGAUCACAGUGCCUCCUGCAGUAUGGACACCACACAGCACCAGCCUUGCAUGUAUGGAAGCUCUCAGGCGGGCUUGGAGGACCUCAGGUGGGCAUCGUAUACAGACAGCACAACUUACCAAAGCUUUUCUUCAGCUAAAGAAAUGGGUGGGACAUUUUGUCCCUCCACUGACCUCUCUCAGGAACUGUAUCCACAAUACACCUGUGAGGUGGGUGUCCAGUCACACUGCCUGAUGACUGAUUUCUCGCUUUAUGGUUGCAAUCGAUCAUUUAGCCAAAACCAACAACCAAACAGCUGGUGCGGGGGGAGCUGAGCAAGGGUGUCUAGUGUGUGUGUGUGCGUGUAAGAGAGAGAGAGAGAGAUAGAGAGAGAGAGAAAGAGAAGGAAAAGAAGGAAAAAGAGUCUGUGGUAAUGUUCUCAUAACUUUAUCCUGAAAUCACAAGUUUGCAUCGGUUUUGCUUCACAGUUUCUACCUUGUUGUGACUGAUGUCUGGCAAACCAAAAUUAUAUAUAUUAUAAUUUAUAUAUAUAAUUUAGAUAUAUUAUAAUGUAUAUCAGUUCUGCUGUAUCAUCAAAAUAAUAAAAUUCAACAAAUUGUAAUAUAACUACAAUUGUUAUUUCACAUAAUAUUCUAAAUAUUUGUAUACAUUUUGUUAAUUUUUUAUAAUUUUAUAUAUACUUUUUAGAAUAAUAUUUUAUUAUUUGCUGAUGCUUUUUGUCUUUAACAUAAAUGAAAAUAUAAUAAAUUAAUAAGAUAAUAAAAAAUUUAAAAGAAAGUUUCCAGUUAUGACAGCUGGAAUUUUACAGCCGGAAGAACCUUUUUUUUUUUUUUUUUACAAUUUUAACACUGAUAUGUAUGAACUUAUGACACAUUAACAACAACAAAAAAGCUUUAUUUUAACAGCAAAGAUUUGACUAAUCCUACAAUUUUUAUUUUUUUUUGCGUUCACAAUCACUGUGGAGCAAGUGGAAACUAAUGGAGUUUCAGGAUAAAAAUGAGAGAUUUUCAUUUAAAAUAGACAAACAAAACAUUUAAUUUCCUCUUAUCUGAACCCAGUGAUGAACCUUUGCACGUCCCUUGCAUCUUCAAUGAUAUGUGUAUGAGAUUUUGAGUACAUGUGUAUCAAAUAUCUUCUGGUAAAAAUGUGUGAAUCUCUGUUACCAUUACCACAGGAAAUGUUUUAUUUCAUUAAGAUAAAACUACAGCAGGAAUUUAAAAAAAUUAGGAAAAGGUUAAGGAGUUGGCUUGUUUUAUUAUCUGUGAAGAUUUAGGGAAAAUUCCCUUUUUUACUAUUUGUCUUUGGAAUGCUUUUGGACAAACACUAACAAACCCAAAAGCAAGAUUUAAGACUCUCAGACCUCCUUUCAAGCUAAACACGUACAUGCGCUAACUUCAGAUGGGGGUCCUUAGUUUGUUUAUUCUUGUUCUAUUAUGAUGAGAAAAGGGAAUGCUGGGUACUGCACGUGUCAGAGUCUGUUAAGGGUGCAGUGAUGUUACGAAUCCUGUCAUGGCCCAAGGCAAGAGACACAGAGAGAGAGACAGAGAGGAGGGGAGGCAUCAGAUGGACAUUUAUUUAUAGACACACCGUGCAACAGGACUUUCAUGAGUGAAAUAUGGUCAUUUUAAAGAAAGUUUUGAAUGUUGUGAAAUACUUGCUUUGAUUAUUUAUAAUGAACAAUUUAUUGAUUUUGAGUUCACAAACUGUGUUUGCUGAUAUUUAUUUGUAAAACGUUUUAUUAUAUUUAUUGAGCAGCUUGUUUUACCCUGACAAAUGUAGAGCUUCUGUGUUUUGUGAAGGUGUUUUCUGAAACUUGUUUAAAUGUGAGGCUGAAAUAAAAUGGUAA